CCUUUAAUGUUCUGCUCGACCAUUUGGUAGAUCACAUUUUGAGUCACUAUAUCUUAUUGGGAAAUGUGUUGAACUGAACUCAACCUGAUUGGGUCAUCUCUUCCACUUGAUUGAGGUAUGCUAUGCAUAAAAAAUCCAUUAGAGGGCACUCUAUUUUUUGACAGUAGGACUUUUCACUCAUCCUGACUCCAGCAAGUGAAAAACAGAAAAAUCCCAUGUUACAUGUGAGCAACUUCUGGCUGCAUUUUUAAAGAAACAAAAGAUGGAUGCUAAAUCAUUUUAUGGUUCAAGGCCACGGUCUUUUCUGGCACUUGUACCGGAAGAUCCUCAAGAUUCUGAGGUUGAUCUGAAUGAUCAUGAUGGCAUAAUAGGGGAUCCCGAUUAUCUGCCCAAACAAGUAGAGGUGAUCGGAGACCUUUCCACUGAAUUUAUGGAUGAAGAGGAGAUGCCCUCUAUAAGCACAUCUGCUAAGAAGAAGAAAAAAGGGGAAAAGACCUUAAAAAAAAGUAAUGGAAGAGCUGGAUGAGGCCCCUGUGUCACCCCCAUGCACAAAGAAGAAAAAAAUGGCAGAAAAGGAAGAAAAAGAAUCCAGAAGAAUCUGGGAGCAUGUAAAUAUUGAUGAAUUCCAGGUUCCUGAUUCAGAUUACUGGCACCCUGCAUCACGUUUUAACCUGAUAGAAGAUGAAGAGCUGAUGAAGAGAGGAUGUGGGGCUCUUCAUUACAAGUCCACUGAAGGUGUACUUGCAGUCAAAUGGUACGAUAACAAAUGUGUCACUCUCCUCAGCAAUGCCUCUGGGAUCAAGCCUCUAACAAGUGUCCAACAGUGGAGCGAAGAUGCAAAAGCGAAUACUGCUGUCCAAUGCCCAUCACUCAUUGCUGCCUAUAAUCAGCAUAUGGGUGGCAUUGAUCUUUCCGACAUGCUGGUUCAUCUGUACAAGACCCCAGCUAAAUCACGACGCUGGUACUUCCCCCUGUUUGGAUACGCCCUUGACCUGUGCAUUUCCAAUUCUUGGCUUGUCUACAAGAGAGACUGUGACCUACUGAAGGAAAAAACAAUGCCUCUCAAAAGGUUUCGCCUGGCUGUGGCCCACAAUUUGAAACAAGCCAACAAGCCAGCACCUAGAGUUGGUCAGCCAUCAUCUGCUAGUUCACCACAAAUGUCCUGUGAGAAGAAGCGCCUCCCCCCAAGACCCCCACGGCCACAACCAGACGUACGCUACGACAACUAUGGACAUUGGCCACUUCACACUGACAACCUGGGAUGGUGCAGCCUCUGCCCAAAGGGUGUGUCCUGUGCUUGAUCGGAGAGAGGGAAUGCUUUGUAGCGUAUCAUCAAAAAUAAUGUGCCGAGGGUUACCAAUGGUUACCAUUACUUUGAGAGAUUUGUAUAGUUUUUGAAUUUGUUCAAUGCAAGAAAAGAAGUUCUUUGAAGAUUUUACACAGCACAACUGAGAAGUUGGAUAGGUCCUCAGGUGUCCUUUUUAUUAUUUUAAGAGAGGGGAAAUACAUAGAUGCCACAUAUGUUUUUGAAAUACAAUUGUCAAAUAAGUGUUGGAAUUUUGUGCAGAAAAUGGGAGUGAAGUUUGUUUGUUGGAAUAAAAUUUACUUGACAUGAAUUGUUUUCUGGUAUUUUUACAUUUUCUACUUUCUUUUUUGUAUUUAUAGUUAUUAAAUAAUAAUUUAAUUGAUAAUAUACAUUUAUAGAUAUGUAAUAGAUACUUUUACCAUCAAACAACAUCUCGGCCAUUUGGUAGAGGCAUAUAUUUUUUAAACUGGGGGGUCUUUAUAUAUUUUUUAAAUUUAUUUUUGUU